GUGUAAUGACAGGUGGGCGAGUCAGACGAUUGGAAGUUAAAUUUGGCAAAGUCGUGAUUAUUUGGCGUAUCGUCACAUCUGUGGUUACCAGGAGUUAAGUUUCAGGUAUACUUAUAAAGAGUAUCAUACUCUUUAGGCCUGCAAUUGACACUGACAACCAAGAAUGUUAUUCUGGGUGAUGUACGAUGUAUCCCAGGGACAUACCUCACUGUCUGGAGAAGAAAAGUGGUAAAGGAAGGAAACACUAUAUGUGAACUGAGAGGUGAUAAAAGGCUUUUGUGACAGGACAGCCAGUAGACAUGGAGAAUGAUUCUGACUGAGUCAGAUUAUAGUCCAUUGGCUGACUAUGACACAGCAUGCUUGCUCCUGAGGAGUAUAUCAGACCAUGUAGUUGACAUUUGUAUGUACUAGGAAGCCUGCAUGUGUCUCUCUACAGCACAGAAGCCAAUCACUGUUGUGAGGUAUACAAGCACGGUGGGUAACAGAUAUGGGAAGCUGGCUUUUAAAUGAAGGGCCCAAGUGGCUUAUUCUGGUUGUAUGGCUGACCAUUGAUGUUGUCAUCUUUACCUUGGCAUUUAUUCGGUUUGAUAAAAACCCCGAGUUUGAACUGCUGCGCCUCUUCACUGGGAGUGCCUUGGCGUUUGCAAGAGCAAGUGCUGCCAGCCUGAAUUACCAGUGUAUGCUGAUCUUAUUGCCAGUCUGUCGGAAUUUGAUAUCCUUUCUCCGUGGAUCCUGUAAGUGCUGCAAACGGAACGUGACCCGCCAGUUUGACAAGAACCUAACCUUUCAUAAGUGUGUGGCGUAUGCCAUCUGUUUUCACACAGUUGUCCAUGUUGCAGCUCAUUGUUUUAACUUUGAGCUGUUUAUUCUGGGCCAUGACAGUCCCGAUGUCAACAAUACGGCACUGCUAUCAGCACUCAGUAGCCUCAGGGACAGGACUUUGGAGGACGGAACAAAGAAUGAGACAUUCAUUAAUCCGAUCAUAUCAGGCACUACAGAAGGUUCCCUUGAGCUGUGGAAGUUCAUCUCUGGUGUGACUGGGGCUGUGAUAACCCUCUGCCUCAUUGUCAUGGUGUCUUCAGCAACAGAGGUUAUCAGGCGCUCCUACUUUGAAGUGUUCUGGUUUACUCAUCAUUUGUUUGUCAUCUUUUUCAUUGGACUGGUGCUUCAUGGUAUUGAAGGCAUUGUUCGCUCCCAAACCAAUGAGCCUGUAUGUAAAGAAUUUAAAAAAUGGGGACAGGCUAAUUGUCCACAGCCACAGUUUGGUACCCUUGGUGCAAAUACAUGGAAAUGGGUAGUGGGCCCAGUUGCUAUAUACAUUAUAGAACGAUUGAUCCGGAUCAUCAGGAACUUCCAGAAAGUCACCAUUACUAAGGUAAUCAAGCGACCUUCAAAUGUGAUAGAACUUCAGAUGAAGAAGGAAGGGUUCCGUUCGCAACCAGGACAGUAUGUUUUCCUGAAAUGUCCGCAGAUAUCCUGGCUGGAGUGGCAUCCAUUUACUCUGACUUCAUCUCCAGAUGAGGAUCAUGUGACAGUCCACAUCCGCUGUGCGGGGGACUGGACCAGGGCUCUGGCUACUGCAUGUACUGAAGGGGUUGGGGACGGAGUGCAACAAGCAUCCAAACUACCCAGUAUUGCUAUUGAUGGGCCUUUUGGAACAGCCGCUGAGGAUAUAUUCCGUUAUCAGGUGGAUGUGAUGGUGGCAGCAGGUAUUGGGGUCACGCCUUUUGCCUCAGUCCUGAAACAUAUCUGGUACAAAUAUUGUGAUCCAUCCCAUGAGAUGAAGCUGAGGAAGGUGUAUUUCUACUGGAUCUGUCCGGACCCCAUGGCAUUUGAGUGGAUACAGGAUCUCCUGCAGUCACUGGAGGUGCAGAUGGCAGAACAGGGGAAGACUGGCUUCCUUAUCUACAACAUCUACCUGACCAGAGGCUGGGACAAGGACCAGGCUGCACAUGUAGCACUCAGGCAUGAGGAGGAACAUGAUCCUAUCACAGGGCUUCAACAGAAAACUUACUUCGGGCGCCCAAACUGGGAUCAGGUGUUUGCGUCAUUAGCACAAGAGCACACUGGGACCAGUGUUGGAGUAUUUUUCUGUGGCCCUAAAGUCCUGUCUAACACCUUACACACCAUGUGUAACAAGUAUUCAUCUGCGGAUCCCACAGGGGCGGCCACGCGCUUCUUUUACAACAAGGAAAACUUCUGAUUACCUCAUAGAUAUGCCUGUUUUGGUUAUAUUGGUUGUAUUGAAAAACAUGUUUGUUAUUUUGAAAAACUUCUAUUAGGAGACUGUCUUCAAAAAUAAACGUUUGUUAUGUUGAAAUUGAAUUUCAUUCUUUAUUUGGAAACACAUUUGUUGUAUAGAAGAACGUUUUUAUUAUUUUGAAAAAUAUAUUUGUUACCCAACACUAAAUGCAUAUUGCAGAUGUGGGAACUGCAUGUAGCAAGUGUUCUAUGGGAUUGUGAUAUAAUCAGGCUUUUGUAAUGAGACCCUAGAGAAGCUCCAAAUCCAGACAAUAAAUCCCAGGUACAUUUAUACUACAUUUACAUACAUCUUCUGAACAUAUUAUUUUCCAUUAUAUUAUGACUGCCACACCUAAUAGAGGGCAGUGGUUACUUUUCAUUAACAUCAGUGUGACAGAGCAGAUGCAUAUUAAACCUUGGUCUCAAUGGAAAAGAGGACAAGCUAAAAUUAACUCAAUUUACACUAAGUGUACUGAAUUCUCCUACAAGAAUUCUGGUGCCAGUCAUCCCAAUAAAUUAACAGAAAUUGUUAGCAGGCCUAAUUAUGAGUUUUAUUUGAAAAAGAAAGGCCAUGCAGCAAUCAAGUAAUUUAUUUUAUUGGUGUCUCAAUCUUAAGAUGUGUCUUAUUUGUCUAGGUUAUGAUAUAUGACCCACCCUGAGAGAUGUACACACUUGACACAAAGCUGGAUUUCUAAAUGA